AUGAGUGUUGCCUUUUCUACGACCAAAGCUGUUGCGGCCGUAUGCAUUGCGCUUCUCGCAGAUAGGGGAAGACUAAGGUACGACGACCUUGUCUCGAAACAUUGGCCAGAAAACAUUACCAUUGAAUGGGUGAUGUCUCAUAAGUCCGGACUUUAUUACUUUGAUACACCGGUCACGGAAAAGGCAGUGCGAAACCAUAACCUUAUGAGGGAACUAAUCGAGAACGAGACGUCCAAGAUACCUCCCGGGACCGGCAGCGGGUACCACACAUUCACUUAUGGUUGGCUUGUUGAUCAAAUUGUGAGACAUACGGAUGAGAAAAAGCGCGGAAUUGGACAGUUUUUGAGAGAAGAAAUUACUCAACCCAAUGGUAAUUUGACAAUUAAAUCACCAAUAUGUAUCUCGGAAAUGCGUAAAACAUUAAAUUUUGAUAUGCAAACUUACGAAUUUAUUUCGACGACUUACAAUGAAAGAAUUGGUCAACUUGAUAAAGGCAAGGGUGUACCUCUCCGCCUUGAUCCGCAAGUUGUCUGUUGGCUUAUUGGAAAAGUAUUCGAUAAGUUUUCUUCCCCAAAUCACUAG